GCUGACUGGUGACACUGUCAAUAAAUUUAACCUAAAUUUAAAGGCAGUGUAUAAAUAUUUACCCUUUUAGUUAGUUCAUCCCCAUUGAUAAUUUUUCCUUAUUUUUGCAACAAAUAUGUGAGUAAAUGAAAUUCAAUGGCGACUGACGAAUCAUUCGAUAGUGAGCACCAGCACAAUACAAGAGAAAUUGAUCCAGAUGAAGUUAGGAAACUUGAGACAAUUGGAGAAGGCAGUUUUGGCGUAGUAUACAAAGGAAUAUGGCAGGGCAAAUUGGUCGCCAUAAAAAAUAUUACCAGGGAUGCCGAAAAACAGGCAUUUUUAGUGGAAGUAAGGCAACUUUCCCGAGUCGACCAUGAGAACAUUGUAAAACUAUAUGGGGCCAGCACAGGGCUCAAGUUUUUCCUUGUGAUGGAGUACGCUGAAGGUGGUUCUCUAUUCAAUGUAUUGCACAAAUCUCCGCUAGGCUAUUCCAUAGCUCAUGCUAUGUCAUGGGCCUAUCAAUGUGCAAAGGGAGUUGAAUAUCUUCAUGCUAUGAAACCCAAGCCGCUCAUUCAUAGAGACCUGAAGCCUCCCAACCUUCUACUGAUCAAUGGUGGAACCCACUUGAAAAUUUGUGAUUUUGGAACAGCAGCCGAUAAGAACACCUACAUGACGAAUAACAAAGGAUCUGCAGCUUGGAUGGCUCCGGAAGUUUUCACAUCAUCCCGAUAUACGGAAAAGUGCGAUAUCUUCAGUUGGGGCAUCAUCUUAUGGGAAGUGCUGUCAAGGAAAAAACCGUUUUACACCCAGGCUAGUUCAGCCUUCUCCAUAAUGUGGGCUGUUUAUAAAGGCAAGCGACCACCAUUAAUUCGCCGAUGUCCCGCCUGCAUUGAACAGUUGAUGACUCAAAGCUGGGACCAUGAUCCCGAAAAGAGACCCAGCAUGGAAGAAAUUGUUGCUAAAAUGGAGCAGAUAUGUUCCAUCUUGCCUGGGGCAGAUGAACCCAUUCAACCAGGUGAGCACAACUGGGAGGACGACGAAUAUUCGAAGGACGAAAUUGAAGAAGUUUUUGACACAGAAACUAAUACAAAUGGUAGUAAUGUGAUCAGAACUUUGCCUCAACCAUCUGGGGACAUGGGUCAGCUCAGUGUGGAAGUCGAUCCCUUCUGUUGGGACUUAACUGAUAACUACGUUAUUAACCCCCGGCCUGGAUUUGACGAAUGUUUACCAAGAAGAGGUUCGCAAAAUACAGUUACAGCCGGUACCUUUAGUACGUCCCAAAUAUCCCACACUAGUCCAGAUAUUGAUGACGACAUUCUACUGACCACGUUGGAUCCUCACUUAAGGCCAGCCACGCCCGACUUGGAUGAUCCCAGAUCUUUGGAGAAAUUCGAAGAACAUAAAGCUUUAGCUAAGGAGUACCUAAAAAUGCAAACAGAAAUGGUACUAAUCAACCAAAGAAGAAACGAAUUGUUGAAGAUGGAGGCCGCCGAAGAACAACGACAGCAAUCGUUGCGAAAAAUGCAAGAAGAAAUAGAAGCUCUUCGAUUAAUGAAGAACUUUUUCGAAGAGCAAGUGGAGAACGCGAACCAGCAAAACCAACUCGGUUCCGCAGAUGGGUGGGUGAUGGUGCAACAGCAAAAUCGACAAAAUAACCAGGAAUGAAAAAUAUUCAAUAACAGUGUGAUUCGUGUGAAAUUAUUAUAGGAAGCUUGAACAUUUUAAAUAGCUGAACGAUUUCGGAUUAUUAUUUUACAAGUGUAAAUGCGUACUAUGAAAAAAACUCUAUGGAAAGAGAAACAUUGAAUGGUUCAGCUAGUAGAAAACUCACGCUCUAUCUACUACCCAGUUAAUAGUGAGAUAUGUAAUAGUCUAAAGAUAUAGCGUAGUGAUAAGAAGUGUACAAAGCUCAAUGUAAAAAGUGUAUAUGUUUCAUAUUGGCAUUGGUCUGUGAUUUGUAAAGGAUUCCCAUAAUUGGUUUUAACAAGAAAAUGAGUAGUAAACCAAAAAAACUGACAGUUGAUGCUUGAAUGUAACCAGUUUAGUAGCAAAUUGAUAUUACCUGACAUUUACCAUGUAAAAGUAUCUGAUUGCCUAAUACUUAAAGUAAGGCUUAUUUUUAUAUUGAAUUAUGUUGAUAAUGUGUAUAUUGUUAUUUAAUAGAACAAUAUAGAAACUAUGUAAUGACAAA